ACCAGGAUAAAUGUGUUGAUGCUAACCUUCUUUCACCUUCUUUAAACAUGGACUCAAGUCCCCUUUCUGUCAAUUCAACAACACAAAAACACCAAAACUCCUACUUUCCAUCUUCCAAACGAUCCUUGAUCUCUCACAAAUAAAAUCAACAACGACUUGAUAGGCUUGCUCAGAGGGACAAUAAAAUCAAAACAUAACCAAAUUAAAGCAAAAAUUAGACAAAAAUCACCUAAAGCGCAUCUUUAUACUCAAAAAACAACACUGAGACCUCUCAAGAAGCUCAAAAUAAAGCCCAGACAACUCUUUGGAAGAAAGAAGGAGGAAUUAUAAAAAGGAAAAUUGAGGUUAAGCCUGCCAGAUUAAGGAAUGUUGCAUUGACUAGCACUUUAUAUUAUGGGUCGGAUAAUAUCUGACUCAGAGAAAUAACCAGUCCUUUUGCUGAAAGAUCUCUAGUAGCCCCUUCAAAACCCAGAGAGCAGAGCAUAAUUCAGAAAAGAAAACCCCGGGGUAUAAAGACAUCAUAAGGACUUAUGAAUUUUGACCCCAAUGCGACAAUGAUUCCUCAUUUUGAAGACGAGUUUUGGAAUUCGGAAAUCAAAGAAUUAGAAAAGAGAAAAACCGGACUAAAAGGGAUCAUAAACUAUUACUCCUCAAGCGCAAAGAGAAACCAAAUUAGCCCCAAUCUUUGCAGGGAUCCAAAAAUCACCACCAACGCAGGUACAAAUCCCCAAACUGCUAAAUAGUCUCCCUACUAAAACCUGAUCUCCCCGAAGAACUUCAGGCAUUUCAGGGCAAAUAAAGGACUUAAUCUGUUCAAAGUGAGGAAGGAUAUUUUAGGGGAAAUAGUGCAGAGUGGAAGAUUUGUGAGGAAGAAGAGGAGACAGGAAGAGAGGAAUGGAUGGAAGAAAGGAGCAAUGAAGGUUUUAAGGCUUUGGGACCAGAAGUAGGGGUUAGAUGGGAUAUGAGGUGAUAUAAGGUUGUGGAAUUGAAUUUUAUGAGCUUGGAGUAUAAUUAG